GCAUUUUCUAACACAAUAAUCACACACAAAACUCUCUCAAAAUGUCGUGGCAAACUUACGUUGAUGAACAUUUGAUGUGUGACAUUGAAGGUACCGGUCAGCACCUCGCCUCAGCCGCUAUCUUCGGCACUGACGGUACUGUCUGGGCUAAGAGCUCGUCCUUCCCUCAGUUUAAACCUGAUGAAAUUAAUUCUAUCAUCAAAGAAUUCGAUGCACCCGGUACCCUUGCCCCUACGGGUUUAUUUCUUGCUGGUGCAAAGUACAUGGUGAUCCAAGGCGAGCCUGGAGCUGUUAUCCGUGGAAAGAAGGGAGCUGGAGGGAUCUGCAUCAAGAAAACCGGUCAAGCCAUGGUGUUUGGCUUAUACGAAGAGCCCGUGGCUCCUGGUCAAUGCAACAUGGUUGUGGAAAGGUUGGGUGAUUAUCUCGUGGACCAGGGCAUGUGAUUCCGCUCCUUAUCACCAUUCGCAGUACUUAUGUGUCUAUAGUCUCGAAUACGAGGAUAAAAACGGUUUUAUUUACUGUUUUUUGGAGUUAUGAUCUCCGCGUCCUUGUUAUAUGCCAGGUUAUGUGUAUCGUUUUUAACGAAUCCUUAUGUUAAAUAACGUGUUACUCAAAUAUGUUCAAAAGUUGGGUGUUGUCUUGUUAAUGUGACAAUUAUUGUCACAAGAUGGCAUAUUAUGUGAAUAAGAGAAAUCUCAUUGUAUUUUAUUUUCUAUGUUUAUGAUACAAAUGUGAUUCAUAUCUUUGUUUUGUAUCUGUUUGUUUGGUUGAUGGAAACAUCAGUUA